AUGUUUGCCACAAAGUCGCUGCAGCUGACUCGCCCUGGUCCGAAGAAACCGAAGCCGAAGAGAAAAAAGCGCUCGCUGACCACCGACCAGCCGCGUCUGCGCCGGGCUGAGCUCGACUCGCGCGCUUACGCGCCCUCUCAGAAGUCGCACCGGAGCAGCCACACGCAGGGCACCAGCUCGCUGCUGGCACUACCGCAGAUUCCCAACAUCGCGGACGUCAUGGCAUCUUCAGGCGGCGGCAGUCCCAGGAACCUGCAGGAUGUCAUCAGCAACUUCAUGUGGGCCAAGCAGCAGGCCAGUGCCGCCGCCAGCGUCAUGUCCAACCUGCGUGGCGUCAUCGAGGGCAUGGGUAGUCAGCCGGAGCCGGGCAGCAAGCCGGCGGUCAACGCCACCUCGUCUGCCGGCACCACUUACCUGCUGCCGGGCGACACCAAGUCACAGCUGGCCGCCAGCUCCAGACAGCUCGCUGGACACGCUGAGAAUGAAGGCUCGGAGGUGGGGUCUGCGCUGCGAUCGGUCAGCGAGACGGCGCUGGCGGCUGACGCGGCCGCCGCCGAGCACGCGGACCACGACCAGCCCGACGACGUCGGCCAUCUGCGCAAACAGUUCCAGCUGCAGCAGGCCAGGCUCCGUCAAAUGGAGCAGAAGAAUUACGUGCUGAGUCUGGCCGUAGAGGGCCAGGAGAAGACGAUCCGCACCAUGAGUAACGAGCUUCAGGACGCCAAAGAGGCGUUCUCGCACGAGGUGACGCAGCGGCUGAAGAGGGAUGAGCGCGAGGCGCCCCCGCUGGCCGCGCUGGGGCCGGCCCAGCUCGAGCUGGGCGGCCCGGACCAGCAGGGCGUCGCCAGUCAGGAGGCAGUCAUCGCCACGCUGUCCACGCAGUCGUGGCCAAUGGCAUCCACCAAAACAGAGAUUCUUCAAGAAGAUAACCACGAAAACAGAAGGGAGGUAGACCGGCUGAAUGCUAUUCUGGAAAGCAAGGAGCGUGAGCUCAAUAUAUUAAAGGCAAGCAGACAAGAUGGAAGUAUGAAGUCUUACUCCACUGGGAAAGCUAGGCCUAUGACAUCUUUAAUGAAGUCCCAUCUUCCAAACCAGGCCGGCUUCUCGUCCGGCUGGAAAGGCCAGCUGGACGGCACCAGGACACGAUCCAGCGAGCUGCACCGGCCCGCUGUCGGAGAUGGUCUCCACCAGGAGCCGGCACCGCUGCGGCGGCAUAGCUUCACCGUACCCCCGCCGCGCUCAGAGGACGCGUGGCGCGGUCACGUGGGAGCCGCCCACGUCAACCCGCUGCACAGCCGGGCGCCGCUGUUCGCUGUGCGGGAGCCGUCGGUGGUGGCCGCCGGCCCCAGAAAUGCUGUGUACGAGGGGCGGUGUCAGGAGCUGAAGGAGACGGUGGAGGAGAGUUUGGCGCGCGUGAGGGAGCUGGAGGCGCAGCUGUUUGAGCUCAAAUGCAGCCGCGACCGGGGAGACAACAUCGAGACGCCGCUGCUGGGUAACAUUGGUCUGCCGGGCCUGGCAGAGCUGGGGCCGCCUACGACCGGCCCCAGCGGCCUCUGCAAGCCAUUUCCCCAGAUCCUCCGCAUGACUGAGACGAAACUGCAGCAGGCGUAUCAGAGUCUGCUCACGGAACAGCACAAGAACAAGCUGCUCAACAAGAACCUGCACGAAGCCGCCACUCGACUGGACCAGCACGGCUCACAGAUGCAGAAGCUGAAGGAGAAGCUGACCGUCUCGCUGGAAGAGCGGCGCCAACUGCAGACGCGCCUGGCCGACGCUGAGGCCGCCAACGCCGAGGCCCAGCGCAAGCUGCAGGAGCUCAGGGAAGAGCUGCACCGCAAGACGGAGCUUUUAGUGCAAACCUCGCAGCAUCUGGAUGACCGGAUUGAACAGGUGGCUUCGCUGAGCCGCGAGCUGGACGCUACACGCUCGGAGGCGGCGCACGAGAGCCGGCUGGCCGCCGAACGGCUCUCAGAACUGCGCACGCACGCCGGCGAGCUGGAGGCGCGCGCCGCCAAACACGAGGCCGACAGCCGGCAGCUGCGCCAGGCCAGCGAGGAGGCCAGCCACCUGGCCCAGAGCGAGCGGCGGUUGCGACAGCGCGUGCUGGAGCUGCAAGGCAAGCUGGACCAGAGCACCUCCACCGCCAAGAUGCUGGAGAACUACGUGCUCUUCCUCAAGUCGUCCUACAGCAAGAUGUUCGGCACGCCCACGCCGGUGCCGUCGCCGGGCUUCGACGUGCCGCCGUCUAUCCGUGACCUGCUGGAGCAGACAGAGGGGCACUAGGCUCCACUGGGGGCGGGUGGUCCUCGCCGCGGGCCAGUGACGGUGGCGGCGACCCCCGCCUGCUGGACGGGGUCACUGUACCGGGAGAUGUGGACAGUGAUGGGACGCUACCUCUCCUCCAUGGCCGGACACCACCUCUCCUGGUAUGGACCGGUAUCACCGCCCGCGGACCGUGCGUCGUGUACAGCGCUGGCUCUGUCAACCCCGCAUCAGACUGUGGUUGUGGGAUGGUUGUAGUCACUGCUAGGGCUGAUUUCCUGAACGCGCCCCUCUGUUCGAAUGUGCAGUGGCCUCCGUCCGGACGUGUCGGGCCCUCCGUCAGAACGUGUCGGGCUCUCCGUCAGAACGUGUCGGGCCCUCCGUCAGAACGUGUUGGGCCCCCCCGUUCGGACGUGUCGGGCCCUCCGCCAGAGCGUGUCGGGCCCUCCGUCAGAGCGUGUCAGGCGCUCCGUCAGAACGUGUCGGGGCCCCUGCCCGGACGUGUCGGGCACUCCGUCAGAACGUGUCGGGCCCUCCGUCAGAGCGUGUCGGGCGUUCCGUCAGAACGUGUCGGGCCCCCUGUCCGGACGUGUCGAGCCCUCCGUCAGAGCGUGUCGGGCGCUCCGUCAGAACGUGUCGGGCCCCCCGUCCGGACGUGUCGGGCCCUCCGUCCGGACCUGCCGCUGAGCUCGCAGACCAAGCACAUGCACUCACCAGCGGGGGCAGUUUGGCAUUCACGCGUGGUGCCCGCUGCCCGCCCGCCCACCGGCGGACGCGGAUGGACGUACCGAGAACCCGCCCGGCCUCCGGGCCGACCCGUAGCCUAGUGGACCAUCAGCUCGCAGGCUAGUUCGCUCGCGCUACGUCUUCGGCGGCCGGUGCAGCACAGUGCGGUGGUUUGUUGCCUUGGGGGUUGGUGUCCGCCUGACGUUUCGACGCGCGCAAAGCCGAGCGACGUGUUGUGGCGCGCCGAAGAGGGGAAGCCUGUCUCUCGCGCCUGCACAGCCUGUGCCGUUGUGUCUAUCCGCCCUCCUGUUGUGCGCUGCGGCCCGCCUGAGGCGCUCGGGCAAUACAAUU